GCAUGGAUCCGGCAGGAUCCGGCUUUUACCCACACCCCCAGAAGUGGAUGUUUCUUCAGUUAUUACAACCACAAGCAAAUAAAGCAGAAUGGAUCUGCAACAAGAAUGAUUUGUGCGUAACGCCCCAACCUCCUGCUGCUGCUUUAGGCUGCUCUGAUUGGCAUCAGCUUCACACACUGUGUGAUUUAAUCAAAGUCAACAUGGCUUACAAAGGAAAGGCAAGAGGGACUGUGAGAGAUUUCCCUGGUUUUAAGGCAAAUGAUGAUGCAGAGGCUCUUCGCAAGGCUAUGAAGGGAUUGGGUACUGAUGAAGAUACUAUCCUAAAGCUUCUUACAUCCAGAAGUAAUGCUCAGAGACAAGAAAUUUCUGUUGCUUUUAAGACCUUAUUUGGCAGAGACCUUGUUGCGGAUCUCAAAUCAGAGCUCACUGGUAAACUUGAGAAUGUAAGUGUGGCUCUGAUGACCCCGUCGUGUAUGUACGAUGCUUAUGAACUGAGGCAUGCAAUCAAGGGAGCAGGUACCUGUGAGAAUACACUAAUAGAAAUUCUUGCCUCAAGAACUCCAGAAGAAAUCGAAAAAACCAAAGAAGUUUACAAUCAAGAAUAUGGAUGUGAUCUAGAAGAAAGCAUUACAGGAGACACAUCUGGAUAUUUCCAGAGGAUGCUUGUUGUCCUUGUCCAGGGAAACCGAGACCCAGACACUAAAGUGAAUGAUUCAAUAGUUGAUGAAGAUGCACAGCAAUUAUUUAAAGCAGGAGAACUGAAGUGGGGCACUGAUGAAGAAAAGUUUAUCACAAUUUUAGGUACCCGCAGUGUGGCUCAUUUAAGGAGAGUAUUUGAUAGGUACAUGACUAUCUCUGGAUAUCAAAUUGAAGAAAGCAUUGACCGGGAAACAUCUGGCCAUCUGGAAAAGCUGCUGCUUGCCAUCGUGAAAAGUGUUCGAAGUGUUCCUGGAUACUUUGCAGAAACACUUUAUAAAGCCAUGAAGGGAGCUGGUACUGAUGACUGCACUUUGGUAAGAGUUAUGGUUUCCAGAAGUGAGAUUGACUUGCUAGACAUAAGGCAGGAGUUCCGCAAGAACUUUGGAAAAUCCCUGUACCAAAUGAUAAAGAGAGAUACAUCUGGUGACUACAGAAAUAUACUUCUCCUUCUCUGUGGUGGGGAUGAUGAAUAAUUUUUCCAGUAACCAUAAGGAAACCAGCUUUGGGCUGUUACUGCUUCACUUACUAGAGCCAUUGCUAUUUAAUUAUAUUAAUGCUUGAUUAGCUACAGUGCACAUGAAUAUACAUAUAUUCCAUUUUGCACAAGUUUAUAGUAAAUUACAUUUUAGUUAGGACCAAAACUGCCAGUGCUGUUAAAAUUCAUAUUAUGAAACUGAAACAGUUAUCUUUGUGGUGUGUUUUUUUUUUUUUUUUUUUUUUUUUUUUUUUUUAUGGGAAUUCUGUUUAGAAAGAUAUAAAUUAUCAUGUAAACGCACUUUUUAUCUGCUGGAUGAUAAAGUAUAUUGAUUAUAUUUGUUAAACUAAGCUUAUACUUGAGAUAUUGUAGAAUUACAGUGUAGAAAUGGUACAAAUGCUUUAAAUGUAUUUUAGCAUUGUUGCCUUUCACAGUAUUAGAUAACUGAAGGAUAAAUAACAAUUUCUUUACAUCACUUUUGUGAAUAAUAAAGAGAUCAAUCGUUCCUAUAAAGAAGUAUAAUAAACCUUUUUCCCCACA